AACACUAGUGCAAGUGGCUCUAACCAGUUUAUUUUAUACCUACUAGUUGUUUUAUUUUUUGAUAAUAAUCUAAACUAUAUUGUGGUAAAUAUUUUAUAUAAAUAAAUCAUUAAUUUAUGUGGUUUUAGUAUAUUUUAAAAGGAAAGAAAAAAUCUUAAAUUUAUUUGUUUGAUGCAUGCGAAACCAUAAAACUACGAGAACCAAUUUGGUUAAAAUCAUUCUUCAGUAAUCAUGAAAACCCUAAUAAAGUUAUUCCUACUAGCACUAGCAGUAGGAUUAGCUUUAUCAGGACGUUCGAAUCCUUUAAAAACUAUUAUUAAAGAAGAUUCUGAAGAAAGUGAAGUAUUAUGUUCUACAGAAUGUACCGAUGGAAUUUCAAAUAACAAUAUACUGUUUGAUGAGAACAGAAAAUAUGGGUAUUUGUUCAGCGGUAAAUCCGCUAUUAUUGCUCCGACUGGCACUGAAGAAGGUAUAUCAGAAGUAUUGAUUAAAGGAAGAGCCACUGUCAUCGGGACACAAAAAUGUGGUGCCGUCCUUUAUCUUAAGCUAAUUGAAAUAACUCAAGGAUCGAAUAUUUAUGGCCGAGAUGUCUUACGGGAAUUGGAAGGAUUUCCAAUUAUGUUUUCUUACAAUAAUGGAAAAGUUGGUCGGAAUAUUUGUUCGAUACCACAGGAUUCUACCGCAUCGUUGAAUUUAAAACGAGCGAUUAUAUCAGCAUUGCAAGUGUCGUCGAUACAAGAAAAUCAGAAAGAAUUUUUUGAGACUGAUAUUCAAGGGACGUGUAAUACCACAUAUUAUCCUUAUUGGACAUCGUCGGACUCGCAAUUCACAGUAACGAAGGAUAAAGAUCUUACACAAUGCACGGGUUACGACAAAAUCAAUUUAUUGGGAUUGUCAUCAACACAAUCGUAUCCGAUUUAUGGAGAUUCUCCGUUCUCAUCAGCCGUUCAGCAUUCUGAAAUCAAAAUAAAACAGUCCACAUUAAUAUCAGUCACCAAUGAAGAGACUUUCCUCUAUCAACCGUUUAGUGCAAUUGACGUCGUAACUAAAAUAAUAGUUUCUAUGACUAUGCAAUUAACGAAAAUGUCAACGAUUCAACCCCCUGUAUUAACCCGUCUGUCCAAAAGCCGAUCUAUUGUGUUUGAAAAACCAACUGCAACAAUUGGAUUGGCAGAUGCGAAUUCGUUAGUUACUGCAACUCAGUUGGCUUUGGAUAAACUCGAGCCAAUAGUCGAUAUGAAUGGUGGUAAUAGUUUUUCAAAUUUAGUGCAAUUAUUAAAAGUAGCAAAGAAGGACGACAUACUUUCUGCGUUCAACAUGAUAAUGAGUGGUAGCACAGGAUUUAAGGAUACCAAAGUUGCGGAGAAAAUUUUCAUUGAUGCUCUAAUGGCUGCUAAUAGUGGUGAAUCCAUUGAAGCCGUUGUAGAACUGAUAGAUAGUCACCAAUUAAGCGAUUCAUUAACUAUUUCAUGGUUUAAUAACUUGGCAAACGCAAAACAUCCCACCAAAGAGGCCGUGGUCAAAGCAUCAAGUUUACUCGAUGGCAGAGCUCUAAAACAGAGCUAUCUUGGAGUUGGCACUUUAUUAAAACAAUACCUACAAGACACUCAAGAUUUUUAUAGUACUGAAGUAGCAAAUACUUUAAGUAAUUUAGGAAAACCGUUAAUGAAAGCGGGCCAAGGUCCAUUAUCAGCUGAAGACGAAGAUUUAAUUAUUGCUAGUCUAAGAAGUAUCGGCUAUGCGCAAUACAUGAAUAGUGAUCUAGAAGAUUUAAUUAUUCAGAUAACUAUGGAUAAAAAUACUAUUCAAAGGAUUAAAGCAGCAUCAUUAGCCAUGCUUAAAAUCUAUGCUAAAAAUGCAAAGGUGGAGAAAGCUUGUGAACAGAUUUUUACCAAUACUUUGGCAGAUUCUGAACUACGUAUUUUAGCAUUCAAAGUAUUUGCCAUUAAUCCAACCAACUCUAAAGCAUCUGUUAUAAAAGAUGUAUUAGAUGACAAAACUACCCAACUUCAAAUUCGAGCUUUCUUAUUCAGCUACUUGAGUAACUUACAGACGACUGCAGAUGAAUAUAAACUAGACCAAAAAAGAUUUUAUGAAAGAAUUUUGAUGAAGUCGUCAAAAAGACCACUCAAUGACAUUCUACGUUACUCACAAAAUUUAGAGUAUUACCAUCAAUGUCCUCUACUACAUAGUGGAUUUUUGUUGGACGGAGAAGUCAUUUAUUCAUAUGAUACUUUUUUGGCACGGUCUUCUUCGGCAUCACUUAAAGAAUUAUUUGGACAUCAAUAUGAUAUUUUUGAUAUUGAUGUUCGUGUUGAAAAUUUGGAACCAUUACUGAAAAAUCUAUUUGGACCCGAAGGAUAUCUUACAAAAAGUAAAGAAUCUACUUUCGAUAAUGUUAAAAAUUAUGUAACUCAGGCAAUAAACUAUGCGAAGAAUAGAGAACUGAAUGAUAUAGAUUCUGAAUCUUAUUCCAAACAGACUUGUGAAAAUAUUCCUGAAGAAGAAAUGAAAAAAAUGUAUAUUGAUAUAGCAAUUAAAUUUUUGGGAAAUGAUCUCGGUUGGUUUACAUUCCAAGGACUUGAAUGUCAAAUUACUUAUCAACAUAUAAUUGAUGCUUUACUUAAGCAGUUUGAUAAUUCUGCAACUGACAAAAAGAACAUUGAACUGAAUAUAAGGAAACAAAUAUCAAUUAUCGAUUCCGAAACUAAAUUCGCAACAUGUACUGGGCUUCCAGUUUCCCUAAAUAUCCAGGCUACAACAGCUAUUAAAGUUGAUAUAGCUACUAAGAUUGAUUUAGAAAAUUAUUUUAAACACCCAGAAAAUUUAAAUUUCACACUCAAACUUGUUCCUAGUGGUUCACUUGAUCUUAACGCUAUGUUAAUGAUCGAUGGAUAUAUUGUUAAUUCCGGAUAUAAAAUAUCGUCGUCACUCCAUACUUCCACAGGAUUUGAUUUCUGGUUUGAGGCGGUUGAAGAAAAAGGUUUCCAAAUAGCUUAUGAACUUCCAUUGGACGUUAUAGAUAUACUGACUAUAAAAUCUGGAGCUUAUUCAAUAGUACAAGAAAAAGGAAGUCAAUUGAUUGAAACACCUCUUUUGUCUACAGAUAUUGAAACAACAUCAUAUACAAGAACAUUUGAUCAAUUUGAGGAUAUUAUAGGAUUAUCAUUUUUCAUUAAUUAUAAAUGUCCUUGGAACGGAGAGUUAAAAUCUUUACUGCCAUUCUCUGGUCCAUCAUCAUUUUCUUUAAAAAUUUUUAAAGUUGAUGAAGAAUUAACUAAAUAUAUUGUAAAAGGAAAUUACGACUUAAAGUCACCAAAGCUAAAAUAUAUCAAGUGUAUAUUUGUUACACCGGGUGCGGCCACUAAACGUGGUUUGGAGUUACUCUUUGUUUAUGAUACUAAUGAACAUAAUAAAUUAGUAGCAGAGUUUAGAACUCCAUUCACCAGAAGAAUUCUGCAAGGUACAUUAGUUGAUUCCGAUGAACAAAAAACCAUAGAAGUUAUUGCAGAUAUUGAUGGUUCCCAGCACAUUUUGAGUACUGGUGUUAAAUUUGAACAGGUGGACUCAGAUACAAUGAAAUAUUUACCAAUAUUUGAAGCUAAGUACUCUACAGAAGUUAACGAUAAAACGCACAAACAACAUCUCUCAUCUCUGUUUGACGUAGAGGGUUACGUUCUCGUGCAACGUAAUAUGAAUCCUAAAAAAAAUUAUCCAACUAAACUAACUUUAAGAGACAUUGCUGUUGUUACUACAAAGAGCAGACAUUCUUUACAAGGGUCGUUCACUUUUGAAAACAAUGAAGUAUUAGGGGAUGUUAGUUUAACUGCUAAUAGUAUUGCUGUAAAAAUGAACGGACUUUUUAGUGGAAAUUAUCCGAUUUUUAGAUUGGACUUAAAUUUAGAUAUGACUAGAAAUGAACAAUCCGAUCAACAAUUGGAAACUGAUGAAAGCUAUGAUAAUAGACCAAAUUCCAAAUUUGUAGCUUUACUAUACAAAGUUAAGACUUUGAAUUUACUUACAUCCCACGAACUUCAUAUUAAAUCACCAUAUGAAUACAUAAGUAAUAAUCAUAUCCGCUUGGACGAUGAUUAUUUAGAAGCAAACUGUGACGUACUAAUUGAGAACAGCGAACCCAUAAUUCACGGAAAUAUUUCAGCUUCUAAUUUUCUUGAUGUUGCAUUUAACGCUAAUAUCACUGUUCUACCGAGAACUGAAGACACGGGACUAUUUGUUCGUGGAUUUUUAGAAAAGUCUCUUGUUUCGGACUCAUCAAAUGUUGGGUAUAGAGAUUUUAAAUAUGUUCAAAAUAAAAAUAAAAAAAGUAGUCAUCUUGAAUUUACUUCAGAAUACCCGCAAACAUUUGGAAAAUAUGAAAUUAGUACAGAACAACAGUUUACAGACGACGCUUUCAAGUAUACUCUUCUUUAUGAUACCCACGAUGGUUCCACGUUAACGGUUGAUUUAUAUAUAUUAACAAACGAUAUUACUUGUAAUAUUAAUUUUGAUUCUCCUAAUCCUGAAAAUAAGUCUUAUAUGCUCGUACAUGGUUGGUUAGAAUCAAGAAACACAUAUGCAUUCGAUACUAAAGUCUUAUGGCCCGGUGAUCAAAAUUUAAAUUAUAUGAAUACAAAUGGAAAAAUGCUUUUGAACGGACGUCAAAUCCACCUGAGUGGAAACGUUGAUUUUCCAUUAGCACAUUUAGUAAAUGUUCAUUUAUCAAUAAAAAGUAAACCUGAUUCCGAAACUGAAGAUGGUGGAUUUGCUACAGUUCGAUGCACAUCUAAUAAUCAAGUGUUACUAUCUGAAAAGUUCAAGUAUACAUUAACACUAAAAGAUGAUGAAUUUUAUGUGUCUGGAAAGAGUAUUUACGACGAAUCACAAAAUGUCAAACCUAUUAGUUUUGAAAUAUUAUACAAAAAUUACAUAGAUGAACUACAAUGUACUGGCAAACAAAUCGAGUACAAAAUUGAACUAGAACAAAAUAAUCAGAAAAUUGUACACCAAAAACGUUUGGAAGUUACUAAACACGUGUUCAACUAUAGACAAAUACACAAAAUAGAUAAUAAAGAACAAAACAUAAUGAUGGAUUUAAGUUAUAAUAUAACAAGUGCAUCAGAUUGGUCUUAUAAAUUAAUAUCUAAAGUGAAUUCCCCGAGUAUUUUUAAUUAUUUGGUUAAUAGUGACGAAUUAGAAUUUAAUUCUUGUGUUACAUUUGGUAAUUACUCAUUGGAUCAAGAGCAUAUUCUUAAAAUGUAUUCAACACAAAUUUUAAUUGACUCGUAUAGACUUAAAUGGUUUACAAACUGUGAAAAAACAGCAUUCAAAUUGUUAUAUAAUGAACGAGAAAUAAGAGGUUUAGCGUAUUAUAGCUUGGAUCAAAUUAAAGGAGGUUACGAUUUGAAAUAUGCGGGUCGAUUAUGGUUAGAUUUUAAAAAAGAUCCAAAUUCUGAAAGCACCUUGUCAAUAAAUAAUUACUAUUCAAUUCAAGAUGGUCUUUCUGCAGGCACUGACAUAAAAAUAUGUGUGCCUUCAUUUAAUGAUAAGAAAAUGGGUAUAACAACCGAUGUCAAGAUGUUUAAGAGCUGGGAAAAUCCUUUAUAUAUACUAUUAGAACUUGAUAUUUUCCCCACUACAGAACAAACAUUAAAACUCCAUACUAGUUUGAAUAGAGAUUUUCAAGAUAAUGGAGUUUUGUAUUCUGCUUCGUUAAUGGCUGAAAGCAAAGGAAUGAAAUUAGAUUAUGAAAUCAAAAAUGCUAUUUUUAUUUCAAGUGAUAAAUGGGCAAAAUAUUUAGAUAUACGUUUUAUUGACUCAGAUAACAAUAUUAAACCCAUUCAAUUACAUUUUGAAUUAGUGCCUAAAGGAUUCACUAACAAAAUUAACAUUUUAGAUAUUGCCAUGGUCGAUGUUGUUUCGACUAUCACGGUAAAUGACGGAGUUUUAAAUACGCGUUCGAACAUACGUUACAAUGAGCGACCUUAUUCCUUUGAAUUGUCGGUUAGCUCAAAUCCAAAUUUCAAAUUAAUAUUGGAAUGGAAUGAUAAAACGGGAAAUCUUGAAGAACUGAUGGUCGAAGGUUUUAUUGUUAUGGAUGAAUCGGCCGUAAUUAGUGCUACUCGUAUUCGAAACAAUGGCAAAGACGUCAUGCCUGUGGGAUACUUAAAAAAAUUCUUAGAUAAAAAACAUUGGUGGGAAACAAAUAACCAUUUGAGUUCAGAACAAUCCAAUGCAAUUUGGCAAUCAUUAAAGGGACAAUUCAUUGAAUUAUUUAUAAGCGUACACAGUAACAUAAAAAAUAUAGUUUAUGUUGCCAAACAGCAGCGUAGAAUACGUUGGCAUGAAGCAAGAAAAGCCCAACCACUGCAAUAUCGUGCAUUGAUAAAUUAUUCGCGUGAUGAGGCUAAACAAAUAUUUAAAGAAGUCUUGGAAGAUACUUAUAUACGUCAAGUACCAAUGUUCAUACGAAAUACCACAGAAGCUGUAUUUGCUGAUGUUAUUGAAUGUAUAGAUCAUAAUAGUCACUAUUUCGUAAACUCGAUUAGAUAUCUAAAUGAAAAAAUGGGAAUUUAUUUAAAGAAAAUGUAUAAGUAUUAUUCAUAUCAAGCAGAUAUAUUCAGAAAUAAAUUGGUGCAUGAUAUUGAUGAAUUAAUGGAACAAGUGAAGCUUACUUUACAGGACAUAUUAAGACAGUUAAAUCUAUAUACUGAUGAACCAGUGAAUGACAUGCAAUCGUCAGAACCUCGUUCGGUUAAAGAGUAUUAUGAUAAUGUUAUGGAUAAAUUUAUGAAAGCAAUUAAGGAACUUGAAAAAGCAAUAAAUAACAUUAAAGACUUAACAGAAGAUUAUAUCAAGAGCUUGUCGAUUUAUGACCUGUUACGUGAUCAAAUUGAAAAAUUAAAAUCAUAUCCUUUCAAAGAAAAGUUAUGGAAAGAAAUACACAACUAUUUGAAAGAACUAGAAAUGUCAGCUCCAACUACAGAUUUUGCUAGUUUUGUCAGUGCUUUGGAUAAGUACAUAAAUAAUGUCAUUCAUGAUGUACCGGUGAGCCAGAGAGAAAUAAUAGCCUUAAGGAAUAAAGGAUUUAUAUUGGUGAAGUCAGUGAUGUUUAAUUUCUCCAAUUACGUGGAUCACGACAGAGCAAUGGCUAUUUAUAAUGCAUUAAGUAAACUUUUUAACUUUUGCCAGACUGUUCUUCACUUAGCCUCACCAAAUACAUUCCAAUAUCCAACCGAUGAAAAUCCCUUGUUAUUUGAGCUCAAUGAAUAUAGUAUGCAGUUAUAUAAUAGGCAUGUGAAUCCAUCGCAUUUAAUACCACCGUAUGAUGCUCAAAGUGUUAUUAUCGACUCCAUCUAUAUAAUAACAUACAAUAGUCAAGCCUACAGCUUUAUGCCAUACACUGGAUGUUAUACAUUGGCUGAGGAUUUUGUAAACAACAAAUUUUCAAUACUUGCCUAUUAUGAAAAUAACGUUUUAACAAAGUUGUCGGUUUCAACCUAUAAUGGUGAAAAAUACGAGUUAUUUUCUGAUGGAAGGGUUACUGUAAAUGGCAGAGAUGUUGAUUUUCCACUUAUAAAUGACAAUUUAAAAAUUUGGAAGGAUGUUUUUUACUUUGGAAUUGAAAUUUCUGUUGGUGUCAGUAUUAAAUGCACUUUGGAUUUCAAUAUUAUUCAAGUGUUUAUUAAUGGAUACCAUUAUGGUCAUGUGUUUGGUUUACUAGGAUCUAUGUAUCAAGAACCUAGAUAUGAUUUCAAACUUUCUAACGGAGAAUUAUCCGAAGAUAUGGUAUCGUUUUUGUUGGCGUACAGAAAAAUAGGAAACACCGAACCAACCAAUACCGAUUUAAUACAAACCGACCAACCACUAUGUUCCAGCUUGUUUUCUGGAAAAUCUACUUUAAGACGAUUUUUCCAAACUAUUUCACAAACAGCAUAUAGAACGAUUUGUAAUCAAAUCGUUUCUUCAGCUACAUCUGAACAAGACAGCUUGGAUAAGGCUUGUUUAGUGGCAAAAGCUUUCGUGAGCAUGGCUAGACAAAACUUUAUGUCAAAUUGUAAUAUUCCAGAUAUGUGCAUAAUGACUUCAGUACACGAAAGAACAAUAGACGCGACGACGAAUGUCCAAAUAUCUGAACCAAACGACGUAGCAGAUAUAAUGAUUUUGUUUGAAGAAACCAUAGAAAUUGAAGAAACAUUUUCGAAAAUAUUAAAUCCUUUCAUAAAACAAGUUGAGAGCAAUUUUAAAAGAAAAGGAAUAAAUGACGUCAAAUUUAUUCUUAUUGGAUACUCUGGAAAAUCUACAGAUUCUGAGGUGCAUAUGUAUACAACUAAUGAGGAUGACGGCAUUACAAAAAUAUUGAGUAACAUGCCGGAAUGGAUAGGAUCUCAUAUCACCACUACUGACGAUGACGCUGGAACAAGUAGACUCCAAUCUCAGUUAAUUCAUUCGUUUAAAACAGUUACUGGUCAAAAUACAAAAGACAAAGCGUACAUACUUUCGGCAAAUUACCCGUACAGAGCGAACGCUGAUAAAGUUGUCUUGUCCGUCGCACAAUCAUUAUACGAUACCCAAAGCUCUGUUAUAGGCGUAUCUCAAUAUACGUUCAAAUACGUAACGUCAUGGUAUACGAAACAAAGUAUUUCCUUUUUGCUGAUUGCCCCCAUCAAUUUGAAUGAUGUUUCGGAUAAUGGCAUAUUCGGAGCGAGUGGUGAGAACACCAUUUAUACAAUUUCAUCGCCGGACGGUAAAUACAGCGACAACGGAUAUACUUAUAACACAUCACUAGAGACGAAUUUGGUGCUUAUGACAAGUGGGACCAUGUACGAUUCUCAGUUCUUAACCCACGCCACAAAUUCACAAGAAAAAAUUUUCUUACAAUCGUUAUGUAAGACAAUAGUAGGUAUGUCCGUUACUGAUUCAGUGGUCGAGAGAAGUUGUUCCAGUUCAUUGUACAACGGAGUGAUGCCAUACGCAAGAUGCGUUGUCGUCACAACCUGAUCUAUAAAAAACAGAGUUAUAGAUACAAAUUAACACGUGUUUUGGUCAAAUGAAAUAUUUCAAUUAACAAUAAUAUUUAUUAUUUUUUAAAUAUUAAAUCAAGAAUACAAAAAAAAUGUUUAAAUCUAUUAUAAUUAUCAUUAAAUUAGUAUAAUAUUGUCAUAGUACCUAGUUAUUAUUGUUAUGUAGGUAUGUUAAUUAUUACAUAUUAUUAUGAAAAAAAAAAAAUAAAAUAUUUUAUGGCAUUGAAAA